AUGUUGCGAAGGUGUAUCACGUUAGCGAUUUUGGGGUGCGCAGUCGCAGCCCCACAGUACCAAAUCCAGCAACAACAGGAUGAAGGCAUUCCCCCUCAUCUAUUGAGGCAGUACAUCGGUGGUCAACAACAAGCGCAGCAUAUACCGCGGCCUAACCCACAACUUGCUCAAGCGCCGGCGAGACUCCCCUACAAUGUACAAGAAGAGCAGUACCAACCUAGAGCGCAAUACCAACCUCAACCUCAAGCACAGCCGCAACCUCAGUACAGGCCACAGCAACAGCGUGAACCUGAGGACUUCGACGCUAAUCCAUCUUACCAAUUUGGUUUUGAUGUAAACGACGACCAAUAUACGAACUACCAGAACCGUAAAGAACAAAGAGAUGGAGACGUAAUCAAGGGCUCCUACUCAGUCGUGGACAGCGAUGGCUUUAUAAGAACCGUCACUUACACUGCUGACCCUAAAGAAGGUUUCAGAGCUGAGGUUUCCCGUCAGCCUACCGACAUCGUAGUCAAGGUCCCAACACCCAAGCCACAGUUACAAGCUCAAGCACCACAACAGAUACAACACCAGCCCCAAAUUCAACAUCAGCCCCAAAUCCAACACCAGCCCCAGAUCGCCCAACAAAGGCAACAAGCCCCACAACAAUACUACCGUUACGAA